GGGACCUUCUUGUGUCCCAUUAACUGGGACUGCUCCGAACCCCUGCAUAGCUGAUCGCCAUUAUUUUAGCUGUCAAUACCCCCGAUUGCAACAUGAGUUCCUUUCUUACGACUGUUAAUCAACGGACGAGGAAUCAGUUCCGGCCCCGAGUAACUGGGAAAGGUAGCACCACGAGCUACCAGCUGCGACAAUAUGCGGAAGCCACCCUAGGAGGUGGGAGCCUUCGGAAAGUGGUGAAGCUGCCAGAAGGAGAAGACGAGAACGAGUGGUUGGCCGUCAACAUGGUGGAUUUCUACAACCAGAUCAACCUUCUAUACGGCGCCAUCACGGAGUUCUGCUCCCCACAAUCGUGCCCUGAGAUGAAGGCUACAGAUGAGUUUGAGUACCUUUGGCAGGAUAACGAGAACUUCAAGCGGCCGACAAAGAUGCCGGCUCCGGCAUAUAUCGAGCAGCUGAUGGGGUGGGUUCAAGCCAGCAUCGACAAUGAGUCCGUUCUGCCUAGUCGAAUCGGCGUCCCCUUCCCGAAGUCGUUCCCGACAUUGGUACGACAGAUAUUCAAGCGCAUGUACCGUGUAUAUGCCCACAUUUACUGCCACCACUACCCGGUCAUCCGCGAACUGGGACUGGAGCCCCACCUCAACACGAGCUUCAAGCAGUAUGUCUUGUUCAUCGACGAGCAUAACCUCGCCAGUGGGAAGGACUUCUGGGGUCCGCUUGGAGACUUGGUGGAUAGCAUGCUGCGCAGUGAUUAGACCCCGAGUCACAUUUCACGAGACACGAUUGUGUUUGGCGACCUGGCGUUUGGAUGAGGGCAAGGAGCAGGUUUGGUAUUGCUUUUCGAAUCGUUAUGUA